AUGAAUUCCACCAGCGGGGAGAGCCAGCGAACAAUGUCGAUGGCCUCAACCAUUGCGCCGUCCGUGGCUCCUAGUGAGAAGACGGAUGCGCAGACUUUGGUACAUCGCCCUUCGGUGAGUCGAUCAAUCGAGUCGGACAGGCCACCUACAGGGAAGAUACGACCACCGCUGGUGUAUCCUGCUCUGCUCUCUCGCGUUGCAGAAUGUUUCCGGCAGAAGAUUAUCACCGGCGAUCGCACGAAGAACGAGCUUACGUACAAGAACGCGUUCAGCGGUGCUGAAGCGGUGGAUGUGCUUUCAUAUAUUAUUAGGACUACAGAUCGAAACCUAGCUCUCCUCCUUGGGCGAGCCCUUGACGCCCAGAAAUUCUUCCACGAUGUCACGUACGAGCACCGUCUUCGGGACUCGACUGCCGAGAUGUACCAGUUCAGGGAAACGUUGAUGGAGGAACCCGAAGAGAAGCCACCGGUUAAUGGCGUGUUUGUUCUUCUCUCGGAGUGUUAUUCUCCCACAUGUACGAGGGACCAACUAUGCUACUCGAUUGCCUGCCCCCGACGACUCGAGCAAGUGUCAAGACUCAACCUAAAGAUGGGCCCCGGCCUGAAGAAGGGAGACGAGACGACUGUAAACGAAGACGAUGUCGACCAAACGGAUGAGCAGAAACUAUGGAUCAACUCCGUUCCUAGAGAGGUUGCCGAUAGCGUUGACGACAGGGAGAAGAAGAGACAGGAGGUUAUCUCAGAAAUAUGCUACACCGAAAGGGAUUUCGUCAAGGAUUUGGAAUAUCUGCGCGACUUUUGGAUCAUACCCUUGCGAUCCAAGAACUCGCCUAUCCCUGCUAACAAGAGGGAAAAGGUCGUUCGGAAUAUCUUUAGCAACAUUAUCGAUCAUCCUAGCAUUCAUACUGUCAGCUCUCGAUUUGCCAAGGCUCUCACGGAACGACAACAGAAGAAUCCGGUUGUCCAGAAUGUGGGUGAUAUUUUCCUCGAAUUUGUCCCUCAAUUCGAGCCUUUCAUCCUAUAUGGUUCGAAGCAAUUGGAGGCCAAGUUUGAGUUUGAGAACGAGCGAUCGGUCAACAAUCAGUUUAGCAAAUUUGUGGACGAGAUAGAACGGAGGAAAGAGUCCAGGAAACUGGAGCUGAACGGUUAUCUAACCAAGCCUACGACACGUUUGGCAAGAUAUCCUCUUCUGCUUGAAAACGUCCUCAAAUAUACUGAGGCCGGCAAUCCUGACAAGGAAGACAUUCCUAAGGUGCUAACGACGAUCCGUGAUCUGCUCACGAGAGUUAAUCACGAGUCUGGUCGAGCUGAGAACCGAUUCAAUCUUCGACGGUUGAAUGAGCAGCUAAGGUUCCGUCCGAAUGAGAGAGUUGAUCUCAAGCUUACCGAGGAGGGACGUGAAUUGGUCUUCAAGAGCAAUUUCAAGAAGUCUCCGACGGAACAGUCGGAGAUCACCGCCUUCCUCUUCGACCAUGCCGUGCUUUUGGUUCGGGUCAAGGCAGUCGGGAAAGGAGAGGAGGUUAAGGCAUACCGAAGGCCCAUUCCACUGGAGCUUCUCUCUAUCAAGGAGAUGGAGGAAGUUAUACCCCAGAGUGGCUCCGUCAAGCGGUCUUCUUCUAGUUUGCUUCCCAAUAUCCGCAACACAGGCGACAAGAAAGGAGAAGGCUGGCCGAUCACGUUCAGGCAUUUGGGUAAAGCCGGUUAUGAAUUAACGCUCUAUGCUACAACGCAGACAGGGAGACAAAAGUGGCUAGAGUACAUUGAUACCGCCCAGCAGAAGCUUCGAGCUCGUGCAGACUUCCUGAACACUACGCCCAUCUCGAGCAACUUCUUCACAGCUACGAAUAAAGUUAACUGUGUUGCACCUUUCGACGGUGGACGGAAACUGAUCUACGGCACGGACAAUGGUAUUUACGUGUCGGACCGGAAGUCCAAUGGCCAACCGCGCAAGACACUUGAGGCAACCAGCGUCACUCAGAUUGACGUGCUCGAAGAAUACCAGCUUCUACUUGUCCUUACAAACAGGUCCCUCGUCUCGUACAGCUUGGCAGCUCUCGAUCCUAACGAGCCGGCCUUGUCUAAGAGAGCCAAGAAGAUCCAGAGCCACUGCAAUUUCUUUAAGACAGGAAUAUGCCUUGGAAGACAUUUAGUCUGCUGCGUUAAGUCCUCAGCUCUGUCAACGACCAUCAAAGUCUACGAGCCGAACGAUGCCAUGUCCAAGGGGAAGAAACAGAAGGGCUUCGGCAAGAUGUUCAACGCUGGUCAAGAUGAACUUAAGCCGUUCAAAGAGUUCUACAUCCCGACUGAAUCAUCGUCUGUACAUUUCCUCAAGUCGAAGCUCUGCGUGGCUUGUGCUAGAGGCUUUGAGGUUGUGUCUCUCGAAACACUCGAGACCCAGAGUCUGCUCGACCAGGCUGACACAUCACUCGACUUUGUGGCCCGGAAAGAAAACGUGAGACCGAUACACAUUGAACGUCUCAACGGCGAAUUCCUCCUCAACUACUCCGAGUUCUCGUUCUUCGUCAACAGGAAUGGCUGGAGAGCAAGGCCUGAAUGGAGGAUCGACUGGGAGGGAGCCCCGCAGAGCUUUGCGUUAUCGUAUCCCUGGAUCUUGGCCUUUGAGCCCAACUUUAUCGAGCUGCGUAACAUUGAGUCUGGUGCCGUCCACAUUGUGCCGCACAAGAAUAUUCGCAUGCUGCACAGCAGUACGCACGAGAUAUUAUAUGCGUACGAAGACGAGAGGGGAGAAGACGUGGUGGAGGCGCUCGACUUCUGGAAGAGCCAGCGCAGGUCCGAGCUGCCGCAGGGAUCACCGGAUCGACUCGCUGGACUCGGGUCGCCGCCAGGCCACCAUUCAAGACUGGCGCAGUGA